GUGGCGAACCUGGGCGACUCCGGCUUCAUCCAUUUCCGCCGCUCCUCGUGGGGUGCUAUGGAGAUCGCCGAGAGGUCGCGCGAGCAGGAGCACUCCUUCAAUUGUCCCUACCAGUUCUGCCGCGUGCCAGAGGAGUUGGCCAGGCGCCUGGUCUACAGGGACACGGCCGCCAAUUGCAGCGAGUACGAGCUCGCGCUGCAGCCCGGGGAUCUGCUCCUCAUGUACACCGACGGCAGCGCCAUCCGCAACGACCUGGAGCGCACCUUCGCCGACCUGCGCAUGGUGGCCCCCCGGAAGCCGCAGAUCUUCCGCAUCCUGCAGCAGUACGCCGUCUGCUGGGGCAUGAACUACGUUGCGGCCACCAUGGCGCUGAAGUUCCCGGACCGCGAAGACCUGGCCCGGCGCCGCUUCGCGGAGGCCAUGCUCCAGUUCAGCGGCUUUUGGUCGGACGGCUUCCCGCUCCUGAGUUUCGGCGUGCACCUCUUCUCGCAGCUCGCCGAGCGGCACCUGCACGACCUCUGGACGCAUCUCGUCUGCAGCGGCGUGGAGCCGCUGAGCUACCUGCCGAACGGCUGGCUGUCGCUCUUCGGCAAGUGGUUGCCGCUGCCCGCGGUCAUGGAGGCCAUGGACCUGGUGCUGGAGUGCGGCAUCCGAGGCGUGCUCGCGGUCACCCUGGCGACCUUCCAGAUCCAGCAGAACCGGCUCAUGUCGGCCAACGGCAUGGAGGAUCUGCUUGAGCUGAUCAACCAGGACAUCCGGAGGCCCAGACGCUGGCACCAGCACCAAUUCCCUAUGGGCCGCGUCGCGUCUGUGAAGAAGCUUGCGACUCUGAG